GCGAGUUGAGCGGCUGCACUCCUGUCUCCUGAGCUGGCUGGCGGACAGGCGAGAUGGCGGCGGAGGUGUUGUCGACUGCGAGGUGGCUGUACUGUGGGGGGCCCGACGAGAGGCAGAGAGCUGUACUGGUUCAGUUCUCCAACGGGAAGCUGCAGAACUCUGGCGACAUGCGCUUUACCUUGUACAACAGCAACGACACCAUGAACCCCAGGAAGAGGAGUCAGCGCAUCCUGGCAGCUGAAACAGACAGACUUUCCUAUGUUGGAAACAAUUUUGGGACUGGAGCCCUCAAGUGCAACACUCUGUGCAGGCAUUUUGUGGGAAUUUUGAACAAGACCUCUGGCCAAAUGGAAGUAUAUGAUGCUGAAUUGUUCAAAAUGCAGCCCCUGUUUGCAGAUGAAUCUGUUGAGAGUGGACCUACUCUGGAGAGUGAAGCCAAAACUUUCAGAGAAAAGAUGGAUUCUUGCAUCGAAGCCUUUGGAACUACCAAACAGAAGCGAUCUCUAAACUCCAGGAGAAUGAACAAAGUUGGCAGUGAAUCUUUGAACCUCGCAGUUGCUAAAGCUGCAGAGGACAUCAUUGAUACUAAGGGCGUGAAUGCUCUUGUCAGUGAUGCCAUCCAGGAUGACUUGCAAGAUGACUCCCUGUACCUUCCCCCAUGCCAUGCUGAUGCAGCCAAGCCUGAAGAUGUGUAUAAAUUUGAAGAUAUUCUGUCCCCUAUGGAGUACGAAGCUCUCCAGAGCCCAUCUGAAGCUUUCAGGAAGGUCACAGCAGAAGAAAUCCUAAAGAUGAUUGAAGAGAACAGCCACUGCUCCUUUGUCAUUGAGGCACUGAAGUCUUUGCCAUCAAAUGAAGAGAGCCGAGACCACCAGGCCCGAUGCAUAUGGUUUCUAGACAUUCUCAUCAAAUUUCGAAAUCAGAAAGUUAUAAAGCGGAAAAGUGCCCUAGGACCUGGAAUUCCCCACAUCAUCAACACCAAGCUGCUGAAGAACUUCACCUGCUUGUCUUAUAACAACGGCAGUUUACGGAACUUGAUUUCAAAUUCUAUGAAGGCAAAGAUUACUGCAUAUGUAAUUGUACUUGCCUUGCACAUAAACGACUUCCAGAUUGACCUGACAGUGUUACAGAGGGACUUGAAGCUCAGUAAGAAAAGGAUGAUUGAAGUAGCAAAAGCCAUGAGGCUGAAGGUCUCCAAAAGAAAGGUUUCUCUGGCAGCUGGCAUGGAAGAGGAACAUAGACUGGGCACUCUUUCCAUCCCCCUGCCCCCAGCCCAGAGCUUGGACCGCGAGUCAAAGCGGAGGAAGGUUUCCUAGAUGUGUGCUUUCCAGACAGAGCAUUUGGCCACAAUCACAUUGUUCACUGUUCUGUUCACUUCCAGUUUUAUUUUUGCAAAGAGGAAAGUGGGUGGGCGUGGUGUUUCAGGCCUGUAAUCCCAGCACUUGGAAGGCUGAGGCAGGAAAAUCAUGAGUUCAAGGCCAUUCUGAGAUACACUGUGAAACCGUACUGUGAGUGAGAGAAAGCGAGGUGGGGGAGGGAAGGGAAGGAGGCUUGUUUUGGCAUGGGUAUGAAGCCAGAGGUAGCAUCCCAGGCAUGCCUGCCUUGUGCAGAAAUAUAAAAAUGGUCAGAUUGGACUUAGCUCCCUCCUUUGGUGUUUCUGUGAUUGUAAAUGGCAGGCAUUUCUCAUGUUUAUUCGCCUAUGGGGACUUGGAAGGUGAGAUCUGAGGAAGUCAAAAUUGAAUGAUCUCACCAGGCUGCCCUCAGAACCAAAUCUAAUGGAUGAAGUUUUCCAAAGAGAAUCUGGAAGGACCAGUAGAGUUAAGUGGUGAGCAGGAUCUGUCUACCACAGCUGGGCUGGAAGAGGAGGCCUCCACCUUAAUCAGGAGCUAUGAGUCACCAGUGGAAUGGGGUUGCCAAAUUCUAGCCCAUUCAGGAAGUGAUGAGCCCAGCUUUUCUGCCAGGCUGAGGCCAUGUAGAGGGCAGGGGUUGGCCAAGUAGAGAGGACCAGAGGUGAGUAUAAUGUGGAACACACUGAUGGUCAAUCAGUGCAGUGCCUUCACCGGCUGGAUACAGCCCUGACAGAAUGACUACUUGUAAUGAAGCUUCUGGGACCCUGAUGGGGAGCAGUGGAUGGAAACUUGUCAGUCCCUCCCAGUACCACACUCCAUGUGUGAUUACCCAAGCGAGGAAUUUCCUGCAAAGUACGUGGGAAGCACAUCAUGGGUCCCAACCUUGCAGACUAGACGUGGCACCUAAUGGAAGAAAAUGCAGAUGCUUCUCUCAGUGCAGUGUAAGUCCAGAUAUGAUGGGAAGAUAAAUGAGAAAACCAAUGCUGCUGUAUUAGCCCAAGAGAGAUGUUAAAAAGAGAUGGAAUCAUCCCAAAAAUGUCCCUUGCCCAGAAAAGAGAUCAGUAGUUCAAAGAUGGCAAUCUUCCUCAGCUCAGGAGUGGCUGCUGAAAGCUAAAUCAACCAAACAAAAAAUAAAUGGGAGUCAGGGGGCAGUACUGGGGAUUGAACUCAGGGUCUUGUGCUUGCUAGGCAAGUGCUCUACCCAAGUUCAACUUCCAGCCCUUUUUACUUCAGUUAUUUUUUUGGAUAGGGUCUCACUUUUUGCCCCAGAGGCCAGUUUCCCAGGUAGGAGAAUCUAUCUUAUAGAUAGAUUCUCCUACCUGUAUCUCCCAGGUAGCUUGGUUUAUAAUUGUGUACCACCACACCUGGCUUAUUUGUCAAGAUUGGGUCUUGCUAACUUUUUUGCCCAUGUUAGCUUAGAAUCAUGAUUCUCCCAAUCU